AAUAGUAUGUGAGAACCACUAGAAUCGCGGAGCUUUGAAAAGAAUCACCCGAUUAUCAAGCCUGGCGAAAACAUGGACAAACAAUCGUUUCAGCGUUUUCCGAGCGGACAGUCAUUAGUGAAUUCGGGUUUUUCGGAUCAAAAUUACUGUGAAAUGAGAAGUGGAGCCUUCGCUCGACCACCGUUGCCACCACCAUACGACUCGUCUGGAGCACAGCAAGGUACACCUGCCAUUCCUGGUGGAUUUUGGUCUGGUCAGGGUGUUCAUCAACAGGCUCCACCACCUCUGCAAACAGCAGUCAACAGUCAAGUGUUCAACUAUGGUCCAAGAGACUGGCCUGGGGUUGCGCCCCCGAUGGGCCCCGUCAGGGGUGGGUACAGACCCCCGUACCCCCAGCAGCAGGGCUUUGUUCGGGGACAUCCGAACACCAUGGUCCCGAAUUUCGACCCAACUAGACCGCCUCCGCCAUUGUACGAGUCACAACCCGAGCAGUUUUCUCUCAGGUACGACAACCCAAAGGUAGCUGCGGAAGAGUGUAAUUCUAGACAGGAGUUUGAUUACAUGCUGCAUGAAGAGCCUGUAAAGCCAUGGGAACAUGGCUCUGAUGGGCGAUCACAGAAUCGAUUAGGGGCUCCACAUUUUAAUAGACAUUUCGAAGAGCGUCGAUCUUACCCGGAUUCUGGACCACCUGUGAAUCAGCCAGGAUUCCAAAAUUCAGGGGGAAAUGAAUUGCAUUAUCAGAGGCAAAAGCACCCGGACUAUGUAUUUUCAGAAAGAGUCCACCGUAGCUCGGCCGAUAUUCAAACGUACAGUGACCGCUGGCAGCAGGAUCACCAACUCGGACAGGACGGUCAUUCGAGGGAGAUUCAGCCUUUACCAACAGACGAAGAAACAAGGCAGAGACGGGCAGACGAGCAGUGGCUUGUUACAUUUUUGUUAAACAGAAAAACGGCAAAAUCUGCUCCUUCAAAGCGACGUGAUAGCAACACAUCCGUCUGUCAAGUGAGGGAGACACUUUACAACGCAGCUCGGUUGGUGUCAGAACUAUCAAUUGCUUGUCAGACAUUGAAAGAAAACAUAGAGAAUGAACAUGUUUGGACGGAAUCGUAUGCGAAGGCAGUGGCGAUGAAAUGCGACAUACAGGAGAAACUGGAGCUUCUUAGCGACCCAUCUUAUAUAGAACGUAUAAAGAUGAAAUUGGCUUUCAUCAGUAAGAAAAGAUUCAGGAAUAGGCGAAAAAAACGGGAGAGGCUGGAGGAAAAGGAAGAACAGGAUGCACGGGCUGCUGAAAGGGAGGCAGCUAUUGACAAGUGGCGGAUGCAACGCAUCCAUGAAGUAGAGGAGAAGAAAAGGGAGCAAGAGCUCAAGGUUGCCGCGGACAGUGUGCUUUCUGAAGUAAGAAAAAAACAAGCAGACACCAAAAGAAUGCUGGACAUUUUACGCUCCCUGGAGAAACUCCGAAAACUCAGGAAGGAGGCUGCAGCCCGGAAAGGUAUCUUCCCAGAGAAGGAGGCAGAUGAGGCAUUUGAGGGGCACGUGGAGAGGCUCAGGAAGCUGAUUCGGAAGCGUACGGGCGUGUAUGCGGCCGAGGAGAAGGCCCUGAGGGUCAUGCUGGAGGGGGAGCGGGAGGAGGAGCGCAAAAGAGAGCAGGAGAGACGGCAGAAGAAGGAGAGGGAGAGGCUGCUGCAGAAGAAGCGAGAGGCAGAGGCCAUGCUGUUCGGAGAGGAAAUGCAUCCAGAUCACCCGCUCCAGCCUUUCAAACAGUUCUACACACAGGCAGAGCAUUCCAUGCAUGCCCUCAUACAGAUAAGGAGAGAGUGGGAUAGCUAUCUGGUUCCGGCAGAUCACCCAGACGGCAGCUUCAUCCCUCAGGGCUGGGUUCUUCCUGAAGCCCCCUCAAACGAGGUGUGGGCCUCGGCCUUAGACAAGCAGGAACCCGCUACAGACUGAUGGAACUGGCACGGACCCACUCACACCCCAUCAUCCUGACUUCACACUCACUGUUAUUCAAGAACUUGUUUGACAUGUCAAAAUGUUCCCUGCCCUCCCCACUUGAAGAGGAGAAUUAUGGGGCAAUUAAUAUGAAAUCCCUCUCUGUAGAACACUAUUCUGGAUUGAGAGCACACGGGUCAAUCGGAUAGUGUUCCACCGUGGAUGUGGGAAGUGGGCUGUCCAUCUGUUUUGUUGAUUUUGUUUUCAUUGCUAAAGCCAUGAGACAGAUUGCUCGU